GCGCCGGGCUCGGCUCAGACGGAGCAGCCGCCUCUGCAAUGUCAGCAGCCGCAGCGGCGGCGGCGACGAGAGCGGCAGUGGCCCGGGCCCCGCGGUAGCCGCCAGCGCAGCACGGCCCGGCAGGCGCACAGCGCGACUCCGCGGCCACCUCGCCGCCUCCGGGACGCCGCGAGCGGUUGUGCGCGCCGCGGUGCAGCUCACAGACUCGGGGCCAGCCGGUCUGCGGCCGCGCACAAAGGACCACGGACACCCGGCGUCCGGGGACUGCGCCCAGGAACCGGUUAGGGACAGCGGCUACGCCGUGUCUCCACGCCUCCCCUUCGCAGGCUACCGGAGCCCUUGCCGGAGAAGAGCCGUCAUAUGACAGCGGCGACACGGCGGCCAGCGAGCGCUGGUGCUGCCCGCUCCGCUUUGCCACGGCCGCCGGUUCCUAAGGUGGCCCUCGCCGCGCCCCACUGAGCGGUCGCCUGCCUCCCCCCACACGCCCCGUGCAUCCCAGCUAUCCGGCUCGGGGAUCAGGAACCCCGGGGAGCCCCUCGCCAGAGCCGAGCCUAAGAUGGCCACGCUGCUCCGUAAAAUCGGGCUCAUUCGCCUGCACAACCGGGACACCGAGGACCCCAAGCACCACCACAACCACCGCGGCGGAGGCGGCGGCCAGCAGAGCGCAUCGCUGCGCGGCAAAGGUGGUGGUAAGAGCGGCGGCCACAAGCAGCAGCAGCAACAGCAGCACCCGGGGGGUUCUGGCGACGCCAGCCCGGGGCCCGGCAAGGGCAAGAGUAAGCGCGCGGCGGAGCUGGCCGCGCGCGACAAGCAGCCGCAGCCAGCCGCGGGGGCGGCGGGGGCGGCGGGCGCCGGGGGCCCCCGGGAGCGGGCGGCGGGCGCCAGGGCGGGGCCGGGCCCCGCGGUGGCCGCGGCGGCGGCGGGCGGCAGCCUGGUGCCCGCGGCGCGCCAGCAGCACUGCACACAGGUGCGCAGCCGGCGGCUCAUGAAGGAGCUCCAGGACAUCGCGCGCCUCAGCGACCGCUUCAUCUCGGUGGAGCUGGUAAACGAGAACCUCUUCGACUGGAACGUGAAGCUGCACCAGGUGGACAAGGACUCGGUGCUGUGGCAGGACAUGAAGGAGACCAACACGGAGUUCAUCCUGCUCAACCUCACCUUCCCCGACAACUUCCCCUUCUCGCCGCCCUUCAUGCGGGUGCUCAGCCCGCGACUGGAGAACGGCUACGUGCUGGACGGAGGCGCCAUCUGCAUGGAGCUGCUCACGCCGCGCGGCUGGUCCAGCGCCUACACGGUGGAGGCCGUCAUGCGCCAGUUUGCUGCCAGCCUGGUCAAGGGCCAGGGACGGAUCUGCAGAAAAGCCGGCAAGUCAAAAAAGUCCUUUAGCCGCAAGGAAGCUGAAGCAACCUUCAAGAGUUUGGUGAAGACACACGAGAAGUACGGCUGGGUCACCCCGCCCGUGUCUGACGGCUGAUGCCUGCACGCGCCCCAGAUACUCGAGCCGCCCGUCCACACUCCACCCUGCCAUCUCCUCCACCGCUGCACAUCUUCUACCCUUUUCUACUCCAGCCAGAACUGUGUUCUGAAUGCAAAGGACACACUUAAGUUAUUUAUGAGCUGACGUGUUUACGGAGAGAAAGAGCAAACUGUUCGGGAUUAUGUUUCCAUAAUAAAUGACCGUCUCUAAGUCACUUUAGAACAAACGCCGCCGAGAUGAUGACGUUACCCAGCCCGCCCCCCUCUGACCACCUGUUGAAUUGCCCUUAGCUUCUUUCCAUGACAGCAGCCGUGAGCAGCCCCGAGGGAACUCAAUGCCCCGCCCACUUCAUUUCCAUAUACAAGGGGCAGUUCCCUGGUCAGGACGCCACCGCACACCACUGGGCCCGCCGGCCCCUGUUUGCUGAGAUCUCUGUUUGUUUCUUCUCUUCCUGGCAGGUCAACAUAACUUGAAGACGUAUCUUUCUUUCUGUGGCCUGUGGUCUUCUGUGAUGACAUUUAGACCUCAUUCAUGCUAUGACCUUUGGCUCAUGAAAACACCAAUCUAACAUUGCCAGGUUUUAGUGCUGACUUAAAACUACAACUGCCCACUUGAUUAAAAUGUGCUCCAUGCUUAUCUUGUGCUGUGCUGCUGUUGGAAGAUAAACCAGUGCCAUUUGAUGACAGGCAGGGGGCGCUGCGGCCACCAGGGGGGUUCAGGACAUGAGGUGCCCCUCCCUGGGUGCUCAGAUCAGCUGAUGGCCUGAGGGAACAGUCUCUUCAGACGUUAGGGAUUGCUCCAGCAACAGUGCUUCUGUGUGUGUCUCCGCUCAGCCACCAGAAGACAAUUUCCCCUUUGCUGAUGUCGUCGGACUCACUUUGUCUUCCGUGCUAGUGACAGGAGACACCAGAACUGCCAAAGGACACCAGGUGACACAAGGGGACUUGCAUGACCCGGUCUGUUACUUCACCCACUAGUCACUUGUGUGUCCCUGACUUGAGGCAAGAGCACCCUCGCUGUGGUGUGACCUCCCGUUAUUUAUUCUCCCCACACUUUCAUUUUACUCUUCUGUUAAAUCACCUAGAACUUCGAAGAAACUCCAUAAAACGAGGAGAUAAUGUUUAUGACAACAUGCAGACAGAGGCAAAAUGUUCAUUCCAAGUGGAAAAUCUUAUUGGACACAUUUUAAAUAAAACCAUGCAUACCUGACA